GUAUCGUUUUUUUGCUGACAAACAAACGAACACAACGAAGUCUUGUGUUGUCCAAAAGCUAAACGCAGGCGGAAGUUAGACUUUGUCCGCAGUAGCGUUUGCGUUUGGGAUGCAAGACCGACAAAAUCUGGGAAGAAUGCGACGCUGUAUUUGAGUUCGGUAGGAAAAGUACUUUGUCGCAUUCCUAAGGCUCACGCAUUUUGUCCUAUCAAACACCGGCUACAUACGUCAAGGAAUCCGUACUCGAGUAGAGUAGUCAUUUUAAAAUGAAUGUCAUAAUUGCUGAGUUAUUAGUUGGACUGCUUUAUCUUUCCCUGGUCCGAACACAACGGUUCGGUGACGACCAGUCCAGCUUUCGACUCACCGGUACCAACUUCAACCGCGGUAACCGCGGACCGAGUCGGGAUGAUGCCGGAGAUGACUCAAGUUUUCGCAUAACCGAUUACAACAGUGGAAAUCGUGGUGGGAGUGGAUCGCGUGGCUCCAGCGGGGGUCGGCGGGAUACAUUCGGUAGUCGUGGUCAACAGUUCCCCGAUUACGUGCGCAUCGAAGUAGAUGUCCAAAGGCUGGACAAUCCCCAGGGCAAACUGGCCACCGGCAAAAGCUGUGAUGUUUUCAAUGCAUGCGAUACGCGUUUAAGCGCCUUCUUGGAUCUCGUGAACCCUCUGUCACCUUUUCCCGGAAGCGUUCCGGUAUCAAAAUGGGCGACGAUUUUUAAUGGGAAUAACGUGAAUUCCCCAACCGUUGGCAAAGUCAUUACGCAGGAUUUAUGUGGCGGCUCUACAAGUAAUGCCAACCUACGAGUCCGAGCGGUGGAUGUGGAUUCCUUAUCGGGGAACGAUGAAAUCGCCCAUUUUGACUGUAUUUUUCCGGUCAGUUUGGAUUUGAUAGAUACCGAUGCUUUGGUGGCACGUUGGACCUCACCUAAGGAGUGUCAAAGCGGCCCUUCAAAAAGCGGAGCAAGGCUAUUCACUCGCAUGCGAGCCUAUCAAAUCCCGUCCACAAGCUGCCGAGUGGACAAAACUGGAUGAAACCUCCAGUGGAUUAAUUAAGUUGUUUGUGGAAGCUUGCUACUGUGUUUGCACAACCGUUGAUUUCUACGAAAUCUAAACGAAAGCGAUUGAGUGAAUAUACGGCCGGUAUACACUGUCUUUGCCGAAAUAUCUGCUACGAUUUGCGGCAUAAUGAAACACAAUAUAAUUACCAACUUUGCUUUCUACAAAAAUCAUGCAGUGGCUUUUAUCAUGUAUAAAUCUUAAUUUUAUCCAAUCUAAUAUAUUGUAGAGGCAAAAGGGACUGCACAGAUGCUAGAUAUUCUUGUUAGAGCACAAUAAAAUUUGUAUUGUCG